GUGAACUUCAGAAUCAUUGUCAAGUGCCCAACAUUAGCCAGGAUCCGUUGUAACCAAGACAACAGACAGCAGAGGCCAAGCGAACGAAUUAACGAAUCAAGGAAUCCAACAAUCAGUUCAGUGAUCAGACACAGAUUUUAGUGGUGCCAACAAAAUGCUGGCCAGUGAAAAUUUUCCCACUCAUCACUUCAAGAAUUCUAUAUAUAAGCCGUACAAUGCGGCCACCGCGCCCAACGUUGAGGAUUUGGCAAGCGUUUCCAAGACAUUGACAUUAACCACGUCGUCAUCGAAUGAUGCAGUUGUGAUUGACACACCAUCCAACAGCAACAUUAAUAAGAACAAUACCAACCACACCACCAAUAACAACAACAACAAUUGCAGUGUCAAUGGUUUGUCCAAAUUUGUGGCUAGCCAUCCGGCAGCUGAAUUCGAGGGCUUCAUUCGCGCCUGCGUGGAUGAGAUCAUACAGCUGGCAGUAUUUCAGGGCACAAAUCGCUCAUCCAAGGUUGUAGAAUGGCAUGAGCCCGCCGAGCUGCGUCAGUUGUUUGAUUUUGAGCUACGGGAUAAGGGCGAGUCGCAGGAUAAGCUGCGUCAGCUGCUGCGGGAAACGAUACGGUUUUCGGUGAAGACAGGACAUCCGUAUUUCAUCAAUCAGCUGUACUCGGGCGUCGAUCCCUAUGCCCUGGUCGGCCAAUGGCUCACCGAUGCCCUCAAUCCCAGUGUCUACACCUAUGAGGUGGCGCCCGUUUUCACGCUGAUGGAGGAGCAAGUUUUGGCCGAAAUGCGACGCAUUGUGGGAUUCCCCGAAAACGGACAUGGCGAUGGCAUCUUCUGCCCAGGCGGCUCGAUAGCCAACGGUUAUGCAAUCAGCUGUGCGCGUUACAAAUAUGCGCCCGAAUCCAAGACAAAGGGACUAUUCAGUGCCAAGCCGUUGAUUAUAUUCACAUCGGAGGAUGCACAUUACUCGGUGGAGAAGUUGUCCAUGUUUAUGGGCUUUGGUAGCGAACAUGUGCGCAAGAUAGCCACCAAUGAGGUGGGGAAAAUGCGACUUAGCGAUUUAGAGGACCAGAUACAAUUGUGCUUGGACAACAAUUGGCAACCACUGAUGGUAUCUGCCACAGCUGGCACCACUGUACUGGGUGCUUUUGACGAGUUGACGGGCAUCUCCGAGCUCUGCCGCAAGCACAACAUGUGGAUGCACGUGGACGCGGCCUGGGGCGGAGGUGCACUUAUGUCUAAGAAGUAUCGUCAUCUGCUCAAUGGUAUUGAACGUGCCGAUUCGGUUACAUGGAAUCCCCACAAGCUGCUGUCAGCUUCGCAGCAGUGCUCGACUUUCCUGACGCGUCACUCUCAGAUUCUGGGCCAAACCCAUUCAACGAAUGCAACCUAUUUGUUCCAAAAGGACAAGUUCUACGACACCUCCUAUGAUACCGGAGACAAGCACAUUCAAUGCGGUCGUCGGGCCGAUGUCUUCAAAUUCUGGUUCAUGUGGAAAGCCAAGGGCAGCAAGGGUUUCGAAGCGCAUGUGGAGCAGGUCUUUAGCAUGGCCGAGUUCUUUACCGCCAAGCUGCGUGAGCGUCCUGGUUUCGAGCUUGUCCUGCAGCAACCAGAGUGCACCAACAUCACAUUCUGGUAUGUGCCCCCCAGCCUAAGGCAAAUGGAACGCAAUCAGGAAUUCUUCGACAAGCUGCACAAGGUGGCGCCCAAGGUCAAGGAGGCCAUGAUUAAGAGCGGCUCCAUGAUGAUCACAUAUCAACCGCUGCGCCAGUUGCCCAAUUUCUUCCGUCUUGUGCUGCAAAACUCCUGUCUCGAAGAAUCCGAUAUGAUAUAUUUCCUUAACGAGAUCGAAUCUCUGGCUCAAAAAUUGUAGGUUGUAGUACAAUACAAAUCUGCAUUACGGUGGCUUUGAUGUAUUAAGGAACAUUCUUCAUAGGCAAAUGCUGUACAUAUUAUACAUGGUAUUUUAACUGGUAUUAACUCGCGAUUAUCACUUCACAUCGUUACAAAAUUGUUAGUAGUUUAAGAUGAUACAUUAAUAAACAUUUAGAACAAGCCAAACACUUGAAUAUAUA